AUGGAAUCGAGCAGGGGCCAGGGUGGAAUCCAGCAGUUGCUUACAGCUGAACAAGAAGCUCAACACAUUGUCAAUGCUGCAAGGACCGCAAAGAAUGCAAGACUGAAGCAAGCCAAGGAAGAGGCUGAGAAAGAGAUUGCCGAAUACAAAGCUAAAACUGAGCAAGACUUCCAGAGGAAACUUGAAGAGACCAGCGGAGAUUCAGGUGCGAAUGUGAAGAGGCUGGAACAAGAGACGGAUGCGAAAAUCCAACAGUUGCAGAGCGAAGCAUCCAGGAUUUCCAAAGAUGUUGUGGAAAUGCUUCUCAAACAUGUGACCACUGUCAAGAACUGA